AUGGCGACCCAGCUACAGACCGUCUCGGCGCCGGGAAACGACGCCUACGACGACAGCAACAAUGAAUCUGCCAGCGAACGUGUUGAGCCCAUCACUCCCACCAGCGAUGCUAACUCGUCCUUCCAUCACGCUCUGAACGGCGCCGACUCGACCAUCAAGUCCCCACCUGCAUCUGCACCUGAACUCAAGACCGUCACAUCCACCACCACCUCCUCCUCAACAACACGCUCACCCGUACAAGAACCCUUGUCCUCGGCGCGAGGCGGCUUCAAGAAGAUCGGCAACGCCAUAAAGAACCGCAUCCGCACCAGCUCCAAGACGCAGUCCAAGAACGACGCCGCUUCCGCCACUACCGCCGGCGGCUCGCAAACGGACUUGCCGCCCCUCCGGACUCGUCGCUUCGGCUCCUUCUCGCUGUCAGUGCGCAACUCGCCGCAGACGUCGCAGUCCACGACGCCAUCGCCGACCGACUCGCCGACGAGCACGACGGACGAGGGUGCGAGCGCGGCCGACAAGCCCGGCACGGCCGGAAGCGCUCCGCGGCCGAGGCUCGGCAUCACCUUUGACACGCUCUCGAACCACAACAAGAGCAAGGACGGCAAGAUGGCGCCGUCCAAGUCGCCGCCGCACAUGGGCCGGCAACGGUCAGCCAGCACCGACUCAAUGCCCAAGCCAUCGUCGCACCACCAUCAGCAGGACACGCAGGUGGCAGCACCGCAGUAUGUGGGACGGGCGGCCGAAGGGGCCGGACUCAAGGCACGGCGGCUGAGCACCAGCCUGCUGGACGAGUUCAUGGUCGACUAUUGCGAGCUGGACAAGGAGUACAAGAGCUCGUCGGCACUACCGUUCCGGCGAGGCCUGCGCAUCAUGUGUCGGCGGGGUGGAGCCAGCGACGAGCUGUACGCGGUCAAGGAGUUCCGGGCGCGCGAAAAGGACGAGUCGGCCGAGGACUACGUCAACAAGAUCAAGAGCGAGUACAGCAUCGCCAAGUCGUUGCAUCACCCGAACAUUGUCGAGACGCUGCGGCUGUGCACGCACAACGGCCGCUGGAACCACAUCAUGGAGUUCUGCCCGCACGGAGAGCUGUACGACCUUGCCAAGAAGGGGCUGUUUUUACCGCCGCAGUUUGGCGGAUACUACAAGGCGGCGGACCGGCUGUGCUUCUUCAAGCAGUUGUGCCGCGGAGUGGCGUACCUGCACGACCACGGCAUUGCGCACCGCGACAUCAAGCUGGAGAACCUGUUGCUCGAUGCAUCCGGACACCUGAAGAUCACCGACUUUGGCGUGUCCGAGGUGUUUAGCGGCGAGCAUCCCGGACUGCGCGCCGCGGGCGGCCAGUGCGGUGUUAACAUGGGAGCAGUGCGAUGGUGCAAGCCGGGCAUCUGCGGCAGCAGGCCGUACAUGGCGCCCGAGGUGCUUGCCAAGAAGGGCUCCUACGACCCCCGUGCCAUCGACGUCUGGUCCUGCGCCAUCUCGCUCUUCUACAUGUCGAACCAGCAGCCGUGGCUGGCGGCCGACGUGAGCAGCGAUGUGAAAUACGCGUCGUACGUGCGUAACUGGGAAGAGUGGCUUGCGCGGCGACGGGCAGAGAGUAAAAGUAAGAGUAAGAGCAAGAGCAAGAUAAAGAGCAAGAGCCGCGACUGGAACGACUCGGCCGGCGACGAUGAUAAUGAUGAUAACGAUGACGACUACGACGACAAAAACGACGACGACGCCUACUCCGCCGCGACAAUGGUGCAGGACGAGGCGGCGGCACCGGGCGCUGACGCGGCGCCCAAGACGGCCCCCGCCUUUCAGCAUCUCGACUCCCCCGGCAUCAAGCGGCUGGCGAUCCGCAUGCUGGCGCCGGACCCGGCGCGGCGGAUCAGCAUGCGCGAGGUGCUGUCGACGCCGGCGAUGCGGGCCAUUGAGUGCUGCACGCCGGAGGGGUAUGAGGACGAGAAUGGCGGUGGUGGUGGGGGUGGGAUUGUGGACGCGGGGACCAAGCAGGGCUGCAGGGUGGCGAGACGGGCGGCGGUGGUGAAACGGCAUGCGCAUGUGCCGCCUAGGGGGAGUCGGAUCCCGAAGGCGUUGAUGCAUCGGUUUGAUAUGGGGCAUGGGUGGAGUUGA